CUCUUAGUGUCUGGUGCCCAAUGCUUUUAAUAUUUUUCACCAGGUCCACCUGGGAGUUCAGGAAGUAGAGGUUUAAGUGGUCCCCGAGGUCAGCCAGGUUUCACAGGUCUACCAGGACUUAAGGGCCAGAAAGGUGACGAAGGUAUGAAAGGGAACGAAGGUCCAUUGGGUCCAGUGGGAUUGAUGGGAGAGCGUGGAUUCAAGGGUGAUAAAGGAGACAUGGGUUUGGAAGGGAUGCCAGGGAACCAAGGACCUCCUGGACCCCCCGGGGAUUGCCCUUCACUGUGUGAUUCUGUGAAUGGACCUCCAGGAGAAGUUGGAUUACCAGGAGUAGUUGGGCCUAGAGGCCUCCCAGGAGGCUCAGGAGAACCUGGGGCGAAAGGUGAGAAGGGCGAUCAUGGUGAAAUAGGUAACCCUGGCGUUCCAGGCCUUAAUGGGUUGAAAGGCGAUCAAGGCGAACAAGGUGUGUGCCAUUGCAAGGACGGGGCCAAAGGUGCAGAUGGAAUGACUGGGCCUCCUGGUCCACAGGGUGAAAAAGGGAAUGUUGGUUCUCAGGGGCUUGAAGGGGUAAGUGGUCCUAAAGGUGAAAAAGGAGAACUAGGAGCGACAGGUCUUCCUGGUCCCUGCUCUCCUGCCAUCCAGUCAGGCUUUUCAGCAAGACUUGCUAUCAGUAACCCAAGUCCAGACAGACCUGUGCCCUUCAGCAUAAUCAUUUACAAUGCACAGUUACACUACAACCCCACUCGUGGUGUCUACACGGCUCCUGUCAAUGGCACGUACAGCUUCAGCUACAAUUUGUGUAUCUUCAACAAAGUCCUCAAAGUGGGGCUCUUCCGCAACUUUUCCCCGAUCGUGAAAAGCACCGGACCAACAAACCUUGGUAUAGUCUCUCAGGUGGUGGUUCUGCACCUGAACAUGGGUGACCAAGUGUGGAUCCAGGUAAAGGACAUAAACAGUAACAGUAUGUGUACCAACAGUGAGAAUAGUAGCACCUUCUCUGGUUUCCUGCUUUACCCAGACAGCUGUGAUGAACCAUUAUCCCGAGACGUACCUGACCCUAUCACUGGCACAUACAGCUGGGGUACACUGGAAGCAGUAGACGAGGAAUAA